CUAGGAUAACGAUAUUAACGUGCGCGCGUCCGUACGUUCCAUUAGUCCCUUCUUCAAGCGUCCCAUGAUUCUCCGUCCACCAGCGACAAUGAUCUGCCUGUUUUUGUCUGUAUUGUCUUACUUAAUUCAGCCAGGCUGGACCGGUGUAAAUGAACGCACCUUCAUUGCUGUAAAACCAGAUGGCGUGCAGCGGAAACUGGUGGGAGAAAUCAUGCGUCGCUUUGAGAAAAAAGGUUUCAAAUUGGUGGGACUCAAACUUGUGCAGGCAUCAGAGGACCUUCUCAGGGAACACUACUGGGACCUGAGGAGUAAGCCUUUCUUCCAGGAACUGAUGCGCUACAUGAGCUCUGGACCAAUUGUAGCAAUGGUGUGGGAGGGUUUGGAUGUGGUCAAGACUGCACGCAAGAUGUUGGGAGAGACCAAUCCUGCUGACUCGCUGCCUGGAACCAUCCGAGGAGAUUACUGUGUAGAAGUGGGCAGGAACGUGAUCCACGGCAGUGACUCUGUGGAGAGCGCCCAGAAGGAAGUCUCUCUGUGGUUUCGACAGGACGAGCUUCACUGCUGGGAGGACAACGGCAGCCACUGGAUCUACAACUGACGGUCUACAUGUGCUGUGUGUACUCCUGUAGGUGAACCAGUGUUUUUUUUUAUACUGGUGUCAUUACAUGAUGGAUCACAUUAUACCUCAGAAACAUAUUUUUUGGCUUUAGUAGCUUGUACCCUCAUGGGAGAAAAGGUGUCCUAUUUUUCAUACUACAUUUCUGAGGUGAAAUUACAUUACAAAGCAAAAAUGCACUAAGUGAGCAAUAUUCAUUAACAUAAUAGGGUCUGCUUCUGUUAGUUUUGAUUGUCAUCUUACGGUAUUCCAGACACUAGCUCGUGUUUACAGUUGUGUAAUGUGGAGCAAUAAAAGGUUUUGAUUUGUGUUUAUUUUGGGUUAA